AUGCAGCUUGAAUCAAAAGACCGUUGGAUUCUUCCGGCUGCAGCGAAUCGAAGUCGGGACGCGACCGAGUCGAAGGAGCGCGGUGGUGAAUCGCAAAGCCGGGUUGAAGUCGAUCAACGGGAGGAACGGAUGGGGGGCCCGUUCGGGGAAGCGAAGAAGAGGCAGGGCAGAAAGAGCGGGACGGUCGUCGUGAAAGAGUGA